GGAGCCUUCUACCCUCUGGUGCAGCAGCGUGACAGUUUAGUAAGUUUCUCCUCCACAAACGUGUGACACUUCCCAAGGUUACAAUCUGCCUGCAGCGAGGAUCCUUACCAAAGCAGCAUCACACUCAUUUGUCACUUACCAUCCAAUUCAACAUGGCAACUCGAUGGGGGCUUUGCGGAGCGGGAAAGAUAAGCCAUGACUUCAGUGUGGCCAUGAAGACUCUACCGGCUGAAGAUCAUCAGAUAGCAGCCAUUGCAUCAAGGAGCAUUGAGAGUGCAAAAGAAUUUGCCAAGAGGCACCAUAUUCCUAAAGUUUAUGGAAAUUAUGAGGAGCUUGCCAGAGACCCAGACAUUGACAUCGUCUACCUGGGAGUGCUGCACACAGAGCACUGGAAAGUUGGCCUGCUGUUCCUCAAGGCUGGGAAGAAUGUCCUAUGUGAGAAACCCUUUGCAAUGAACUCUAGGCAGGUCAAAGACCUAGUAGAGGCAUCAAAGACAAACAAUGUGUUCCUGAUGGAGGCUAUCUGGUCCCGCUGUUUUCCGGUGCAUGCUGAAGUUCGCAAGCUGUUGGCUGAAGAGACAGUAGGAGAGGUGAAGCUGGUGAAGGCCUACUUUGGCUCCCCUCAGCUCCAUAUUCCCCGCUCAGUGGAGAAGGAGCUGGGAGGAGGAGCUCUGCUGGAUAUAGGAGUGUACUGCCUACAGUUUGUAUUGAUGGUGUUUAACGGCGAGCGGCCAGAGUCUAUCCAAGCCACGGGUGUGCUGCUUGACUCGGGAGUGGAUGAGACUGUGGUUGUGGUGAUGAAAUUCUCCAGGAAGAGGAUGGCACUCUGUGCAUUUUCAAUAGCUGCCCCCUUCCCAAAUGAUGCAGUUAUUAGCGGCACCAAGGGAUCUAUCAAGGUGCUUGGGCCAAUGCACUGCCCUACAACGCUGGUGGUGAAUGACAAUAAGAGAGAGUACCCACUGCCUGAACCUUGCCUUCCUCUGAACUUCACCAACAGCACUGGGCUUCGUUACGAGGCCGAGGAAGUGAGGCAGUGCUUGUUAAAAGGACUUAAAGAGAGCCCACGGAUGCCUCUGGCUGAGUCCAUCUUACUGACAGAGUUAAUGGAUGAAAUCAGGAAACAAGUGGGAGUCGUCUUCAUCGACGACAGAAAGUGACACCAGUCCAAAGAAAAAAAUAUUACCUCCCCCUCCAGUAAACCUGCUCAGAUGAGACAGAGGGAGUUGCUUGAGCUUUGGGUUGUUAGGAUAAGCAGAUCACACAUAGACCAAAACACAAUAAUUGUUAUUGAGAUAUACUAUCAAAUUCAGAAUCAAUGUAUUAU